CGCUUAGGCUCUGCGUGGCUUACAGCAGUAAGUGUGGCCUGAAGAAUAUGGUGCUCGACUUGGCGAAGGCCGUCCAAGUGGGUGUCAUUAAAUCAGAUGACAUCAGCCCGGGUCUCAUCGCGGACUGGCUGGAACUUAUUGAGAUUCCCGAGACGGAACUGUGGUUUCGCAGCAGCGGUGAACGGCGCUUCAGUGAAUUCCUUGUGCUGCAGAGCGGGUACUCAUACAUGCACAUAGAACCAGAACUCUGGCCUGCGAUGAAGUUUUCGAACUUGGUUUGGGCGAUACUGCGAUUUCAACUUAACUGGCCACUGAUUAAGGCAGUAAAGGACAAGCAUCGCGCGCUGUGUGCUGAUCACUCUCACCAAAGUGACCCUGCGAAAACUAUUCGUCGGAGUUCCUUCAUAAACCACGUCAAGUCAAGAAGGAUGGCACAUAUGAAUAGAUUGUGCUCUGGUGAACCAACCCCGCCCAUCAACAAAUCUCUAUGACCACCACGGAGAACGGCUUGCGAAAGAUGAUUAAAAAAAUGAAAUGGCUACAAACAAUAUUAAUCUGUGAAUAUGCAUUUCCCAAGCAAAACUUGAGUACUAAUAUGACAGCUAUGCAUAUCGGCCCCCUGAUGUACUUGAUUGACUUGCACUAAAGCAGCAUCGGCAAGUACACCUGUGCACGCACUAAUACUUCUAUUUCCCCCAUUAGCUUCUUUCCCGCUCUCGUACUUCUCAUGUCGUAGUCGCCCA